AUAGGAGCAACCGCAAUUAUACAAAGAGGCUAGCCCCGCGGCGAGAUCAUGCCCCCGACCUUCUUCAGCGUCUUGUCGACGACGCCGCCAGGGGCUCGUCGAGCGGCCUUCUUCCCCAUGCCCUGCAAUCGAGCUUGCGGGUCCCGCGCGAGCAUCGUCCUUCGCGCCGCGACGCAGGAGUUUCUCAAGGUAGAAGUAAUUGCGUGAUCUCCUCCCAAAUACCGCUCGGCGACUUCCACACCCUUCCUAUAGGAUUGUAACGACUGGUUGUGCUUCUUGAGGAACUCCUGUUCCACGCCCACGUUGUGGUAGGCGAUAGCCAAUACAGCUACUCUAUCUGCUUUGGGGGGCCCCGCGUUAUCACUACCGAGUACCGAGGAUAACUCCUCCUGCAACAAGAUCAAAGCCUGCUGGGCGUGUUCGAGAGCGGAUUGAUGUCUUCCUAGUUGCGAGAGAACCGCACACGCGUUCAGAUACGUGUCCGCCGGGUUGUCCACGCUUUCCAACCGACCUUCUAUUUUGAGCGCCUUCUGGAGGUACUGGAGCGCAGCAUGGAGCUUCCCCUGCCGUCGGUAGUAACACGCUAGAUUAUUGAACGUGACCGCGCGACCGGCCGGGUCCCGCUCCGUGAGAAUUUCGGCCUUUUUGAGCAGCUCCAGGACCAUCGCAAAGUCCUCCUGUUGGAGAUACGUCAUGGCCAAUAAAUUGCACAUCUCGCCCACGGUCUUGCAGGCCCGCCAGACCUCGUCGGAGCCGGCGCCGAAGAAGUGCUGCCUUAGUACAAGUCCGCGUUCCAUGCACUCGAGGGCCUCCAAGUACUGGCCGUUCUGCUGGAAGUUCGUGCAGGUCUCGUCUAUUCUUUGUAAGGCUAAUAACUCGGCGUUGUCCUCCUCGCCGUCGUUCUGGAGGGCGGCCAUGGUCUCCUCCAUUUUGCUGGGGCUGCCCUUGGCAGUGGUGUCGUUGUGGGGUGGCCUCGGCGGCGUCCGUGGGGCGUCCGGCCGGCUGACGCGCGUCGUGGGGCUGCCUCGGUGUGGCGUUCUCCGCGGGCGGCGCGUCGGCGGCGUCUAUAGGCCGUCUUUGCCGAGC